AUGGCGAACUUGAACAUCGUUCUCGAUGAGGAUCAGCAAUGGCUGCUCAAUUGCUUGUCCGCUACUCUCGACCCCAACCACGAGGUCCGCUCUUUCGCCGAAGCUUCGCUUAAUCAGGCUUCUCUCCAACCAGGUUUUGGAAGUGCUUUAUCCAAGGUUGCCGCAAAUAGGGAGCUCUCGUUGGGGUUGCGCCAGCUAGCUGCUGUUCUUCUUAAGCAGUUUAUUAAAAGACACUGGAACGAGAGCGAUGAAGCAUUUGAACAUCCUUCUGUUUCAAGUGAUGAGAAGGUGCUUGUGCGCAAACUUCUUUUGUAUUCAUUGGAUGAUCCUCAUAGGAAAAUUUGUACUGCAAUUAGUAUGGCGGUAGCAUCAAUAGCAGGUUAUGAUUGGCCAGAAGAUUGGCCGGACUUAUUACCACAUCUAAUGAAGUUGGUUAACAACCAAGCCAAUAUGAAUGGAGUGCAUGGAGCUCUUAGAUGCUUGGCUCUCCUCUCAGUGGACUUAGAUGAUACAGUGGUCCCGACCCUAAUGCCCGCUUUGUUCCCAUGCUUACUUACAGUUGUAUCGUCUCCUCAGGUGUAUGACAAAUAUUUACGCACAAAAGCCUAUUCAAUUGUUUAUUCAUGUAUUGCCGUCUUGGGAGUGAUGAGUGGUGUAUACAAGACGGAGACCACUGCAUUAAUAGCACCUAUGCUAAAACCAUGGAUGAAUCAAUUUUCGGCAAUCCUGAGUCAUCCAGUGCAAUCCGAAGAUCCUGAUGAUUGGAGUAUAAGAAUGGAGGUAUUGAAGUGCUUGAAUCAGUUUGUUCAAAAUUUCCCAGGCCUUAUUGAGAGUGAAUUCAUGAUUAUUGUGGGGCCAUUGUGGCAAACUUUUACGACCUCUCUUGAAGUAUAUGCAAGAUCGUCAAUUGAAGGUACAGAAGAUUCGUAUGAUGGAAGAUAUGAUUCAGAUGGUGCUGAUAAGAGCCUAGAUUCCUUUGUCAUCCAGCUAUUUGAGUUUCUGUUGACUAUCGUGGGUAAUGCAGAAUUGGUUAAGGUCAUCACGAAUAAUGUCAAGGAGUUGGUGUAUUACACCAUUGCUUUUCUGCAAAUAACGGAACAGCAGGUUCAUACUUGGUCGAUGGAUGCUAACCAAUUUGUAGCUGAUGAGGAUGAUUCUACUUAUAGCUGUCGUGUUUCUGGUUCACUUCUACUUGAAGAAGUGGUGAAUACUUGUGGUACAGAAGGAAUCAGUGCUAUCAUUGAUGCUGCAAAAACACGUUUAAGUGAGUCUCAAAGAGAGAAGCAUGCUGGUUCUGCCAUAUGGUGGAGAAUGAGAGAGGCGACUUUGUUUGCUUUGACUUCUAUAUCAGAACUAUUGCUUGAAGCAGAGGAUUCAGGAUCGAUGAGAAUUGGCUUAGGAAACCUUCUGGAGCAGAUAAUUAGUGAAGACAUUGGAUUAGAUGUUCAUGAAUAUCCCUUUUUGUAUUCUCGCAUGUUUUCAUCGGUUGCCAAGUUCUCCUCUGUGAUCAGUGAUGGAGUUCUUGAGCACUUUCUCUAUGCUGCUGCUAAAGCAAUUGCCAUGGAUGUGCCCCCGCCUGUCAAAGUAGGUGCCUGCAGGGCACUUUCCCAGCUCCUACCUAAAGCAAACAAAGGAUUAAUUCAACCACAUAUAAUGAGUUUGUUUUCAUCACUUUCUGAUCUUCUUAAUCAGGCGUCUGAUGAAACGUUGAACCUGGUACUUGAAACACUGCUUGCUGCAAUUGAGGCAGGUUACGAAUUAUCGGCAUCGAUAGAGCCUAUCAUUUCCCCUGUGAUCCUUAACAUGUGGGCUUCACAUAUAUCUGAUCCUUUUGUCAGUAUGGAUUCAAUUGAAGUUCUAGAGGCACUAAAAAAUGCCCCUGGCUGUAUACAUCCACUGGUUUCCCGAGUAUUACCGUAUGUGUCACCAGUAUUGAAUGAACCCCAACAGCAGCCUGAUGGAUUAGUGGCUGGAUCAGUGGAUCUGGUGACAAUGCUAUUGAAAAAUGCUCCCAGCGAUGUGGUGAAAGCAGUAUAUGAUGCUUGUUUUGAUGGUGUUAUCCGAAUUGUCCUACAAAGUGACGAUCAUAGUGAAAUGCAGAAUGCAACAGAAUGUUUAGCUGCUUUUAUAGCUGGUGGAAGACAAGAUGUGCUUACUUGGGGUGGUGAUUCUGGAAAUACAAUGAGAAGGUUGCUUGAUGCAGCUUCAAGGCUUCUGAACCCUGAUUUGGAAAGCUCUGGUUCUCUAUUUGUUGGGAGCUACAUUCUGCAACUUAUUUUGCAUCUGCCAUCACAAAUGGCACCCCAUAUUCGAGACCUGGUUGUUGCUCUUCUUAGGCGCAUGCAAUCUGCUCAAAUAGUUGGACUGAGAAGCUCACUGCUACUCAUAUUUGCUCGACUGGUACACUUUAGUGCUCCAAACGUUGAACAAUUUAUUGAUAUGCUCGUCUCCAUUCCAACCGAUGGCUAUGAUAACUCUUUUGUAUACUUGAUGUCAGAAUGGACCAAACAGCAAGGUGAGAUUCAGGGGGCCUACCAAAUUAAAGUCACUACUACUGCUUUGGCCUUAUUGCUCUCAUCUAGGCAUCCUGAAUUAGCAAAAAUCAAUGUGCAAGGACAUUUGAUUCAGGGUGCUGCUGGGAUCACGACUCGUUCAAAAGCUAAAUUAGCUCCUGAUCAGUGGACAGUGGUGCCACUUCCUGCAAAGAUAAUGGCUUUAUUGGCAGAUGCAUUGGUUGAAAUCCAAGAACAGGUUUUAGCUAGUGAUAAUGAGGAUAGUGACUGGGAAGAAAUUGAGGCAGAUGGUACGGAAGCUGAUAAGGACUUGAUGCAUGCAGCAGGAGUAACUUCUUUUGGCCAACCCACACAUGAACAUCUUGAAGCAAUUGCAAAAAUAUAUAAUAAGGAUGGGUAUGAAGAUGAUCAUUUAAGUGUAGCCGAUCCCCUUAACCAGAUUAAUUUGGCAAACUAUCUUGCCGAUUUUUUUGUGAAUUUUUCUCAGAGGGAAAGACAAGUGUUUGAUCAUCUUUUCCAGAGUCUGACACAGAAUCAAAGGAAUGCUAUUCAAAAGGUCAAAACUGUGUGAGGGUUUUAUUGUAUCCGUUAAGCUUGGAUUGUGCGCUUGCGAAUUGAUUAUUGUUGAAUUGCUCAAAAAGAAAGACCCCCCAAACAAAAUGGAACACAAGGUUUUCCCUGACAAUGUCAUUAGUGUUGAAUAGCCCAGUGUAUUGUCUAUACGGACAGGACCAAAAUUUUGGAAAUGCAGGUAGUCAAAAGAGCCAAAAUGCAGAAAGUCGAGCCAUGUAAUUCGUUAAUUUGUUGUGCAUAUUGUUUGUGUUUAGUCAUGGAUUUCUGAGAUAUCUUGGU